AUGGUAGCUUGGACGCGUUUCAAGUUGCUUCUGGCUAUGGUCACCACUCUGGUGGCCAUGGCUUCUGCUGCGGCUGAAUGCCAUAACAUCGAGUCGGUCUUCCUUCAGGACCCCCACACUGGGGAGAAGUACCAGUUCGGUGAAAUCAAUGUUUUGCCUCGGGCCUUGUUUGGUCGUGCUGUCCACGCUGCUGAACUGAUCACUGUCACGGUUACCCAUACCACCUGCGGUCCUGAUGAACCGACCACAACUGUCACCACGGAUGUUCCUUGCACCACUGGUCAUCCUACCACACCUCUCACCACUGAGUCUACCACUCCGGUCCCGGCUCAGGUCACUACCCCUGCGCCUACUACCUCCUUGACCACGGUGCCUGUUGCCACUCAGACUUCUGUACCAAGCGCCCCCCAGGUGUCUACUCAGUCAUCUGCCCCGGCAUCCACACAGACUUCUGCGCCCAGCACUCCUAAGGUGUCUACUCAGUCUACUGUUCCGGUCACCAUCCAGACUUCUGUUCCCAGCACUUCUGAGGUGACCACCCUGUCAUCUGUGCCUGCCGGCCCUCACAGUUCUGUGCCUGGCACUGCCGAAGUUACUACCCACUCGUCUCUGCCUGUUGUCCCUCACAGUUCUGUCCCCAGCGCUACCGAAGUGACCACCAAGUCUUCUACGCCUGGCACCACUUUGGUGACCUCGCAGUCUUCUGUACCUGGAACCGCUGAGACCCCAGUGCCCAGUGCUACUGGGGUACCCACUGGAAGUGGCUCUGUGACUAACACUGGAUCCUCGGUUACUGCCACUGCCACCGAGUCGGUGUCUUCAUCUAGUCCCAAUGCUACCAGCGUGGCCCCUGUUCCUGUCACCACUGCUGUAGACCACACCACCUCUACGAUUCCUGGCACUGUUACCGAGGUGACCACCGAGACGAUCUCUUCGCCUUGCCCUUCCCCCUCUGAAGUCUCUUCUGCUUCUGGAGUGACUACUGGGUCAAUCACAUCUUCUCGUCCUACCAAGGUGGUUCCUGUCCCUGGUACUACUGGAAUUACUUACACAAACUCAACUGUCACCCAGGCUCCUAGCCCUGUGACUAAUUUGAGCACUGGUUACACUGCAUCAUCUCGCUCCAACUCAACUGGGCUGGCUCCUACUCCGGUGACUACUGAAAUCACUAUCACCGUUGAGAUUUCUUGCACCGAGACGACCAAGUGUGUCAGCACCAAGGUUCUUACCACCAGCACCCUGCCAGCCUCGCAGACAACUGUCCCGGCCGUCGCUCCACAUGCCACUACGACCACCGAGAUUCAGCCGACUGUUCCCGCUCCUGUACCCGUUACCACUGAAUUGGUCACUGCCACGGUUGAGAUCCCUUGCACUGAGACCACCAAAUGCAUCAGUACCAAGGUAUACACCACUAUCCCUGCGGAGACUACCACCAUCUCUGUGACUCCAAUUCCGGCUACAGUUCCUGCUCCACAGACCACCACUGAAGUUGUGACCACUAUGGUCCAGCCAACUGUUCCUGGUUCCCCUCCACAGGAGACCACCAAGGUUAUCACCACUGUCAUUCAGCCCACUGCUCCUGUCCCUGCUCCACAUACGACCACCGAGCUUGUGACCACUGUCAUCCAGCCAACUGUUCCUGGUGCUGUUCCUCAGGAGACCACCAAAGUUGUCACCACUGUCAUUCAGCCCACUGCUCCUGUCUCUGCUCCGCAUACGACCACCGAGGUUGUGACUACAGUGAUUCAGCCUACUGUUCCUGCUCCAGUCCCGCAGGCUCCCACCCACGAGGUGACUACCGAGAUCAAGCCGACUGAGUUGGUCCCACUUCCACACGCCACGACUGUUGAGGCUACUACCCUGGUCAAGGUUCCUGCUCCUCCUGCUCAGCAGAGUACCACAACCGAGUCCAAGGUUUCCGUUGUGCCUCCCCAACAACCUACCCACACUCAGAAGGAUAUGGCCCCGCCGUCUCCUCAGGGUACUUCUUCCAGUGGCACCCACGCCCCUUCUCCUGUUUUCAACAGUGCCGAGGCCGCUGGGAUCAUGGACAGCCGUCUCCUUACCAUGAGCAUUUUGAUUAUGCUCUCUCACUUGUUUCACUUGAUCAUGUGA